AUGCCCCCGUAUAAAAGAUAUCUCGACGAGGUGCAAGCUGGCGAGCUCCCUAAUAUGCGUGACUGCCCUCGUAGGCAAGCAACUACGGGAUAUAUGGAUUGGCUAACGCUUCCUCGUUGCGACAACUUCGACAUAUGUCCGUCAUGUUACGAAGUCACAUUUUCUCAAACCGAAUUUGCGCACCACUUUGUUCCGGCGCCGUUCCGCUCGACAGACCGAUAUAUCGUCUGCGACUUCGGGACUUCCCGAUACUACCACAUCGCGUAUUUCCUAACAAGAAAAUACGGAAUGGCGGAUCUAGCCAUGUUUCGAAAUAUCGCCAACGUCACCGCUAAGAGCCAGCCGUGUUCGGGAGCGAGAGAAACUUCCCGAAUCUGGUAUUCAGUCAAAGAUCCCCGCUCGGGACACCCUGUCGAAAGCUUUACCGUCUGCUACACUUGUGCGAAGACGGUCGAGGCUUUACUUCCGAAUCUGACAGGCCUUUUCGUGCCUAUGGACUCCCCGGCCGAAGCUACAAGGGGUGUCUGCGCGAUGCACCAAGAUAAUGAACGAAGAUUUUUAUUCUAUUUCGACCUUUUAGAGGCGGCGGCCGAUAAGGCCUUAAUAACUAAGAGCACGCCGGACGUCCAGGCCCUAGCCGAUAGACUUCGCGACUUGACGGCCGUUCCCGAAUGCGCUCGCGAUACUCCGGUCCACAACGGUAAGUGGUACACGAUGCGGUCAAUUCCCGAUCUUACGGUCUGUGAGGAGUGCUUCGGGGAAGUAGUCUGGCCUAUGAUUCAACGCGACAGCAGCUCCAUUGCGGCCAACUUCCACAAGAACCCCCAGCUACUCCCGCUGGCCUCUUGCCAGCUAUACUCGGACCGCAUGCGCCAAAUAUUCCAGUGGGCCGUGCGGCAUAACGAUAUGAGGUAUCUGGAAGCGAAGGUCAGGGAACGCAGGCUUAAAGAUCAGGAGUAUCACGCCAGGAUUGUGGGACUUGACCCGCACCGCUUCGGUACGGAAUGGGUUGAGGCCGAGCUCGACCAGGCGGUUAGGGAGUGGCAGAGGUGGGAGUAA